AUGGAGAUUGAGAUCUUGAACGCUUCUGGAUCUAAACCUUUGGGAAAAGUUGUAGUAAAUGAAAGUACUACUAUUAAAAAUGUGAAAGAUAAGAUUUACCAGACCGUAAAAAGAUCUUUGCACCCCGACCGGCAAGCUAUUAAAUUAGAAGCUAAAGGAAAGUCGUUGAAAGAUGAAGACACCCUAAAGUCUCUGAAUAUUCAAGAAGGGUCUAAAUUAUACGUGAAGGAUCUAGGACCACAGAUUUCCUGGAAGAAUGUGUUCCUUGCUGAGUAUGCUGGCCCAUUAUUUAUUUACCUAUGGGUUUACCAAAGGCCUUGGAUGCUCUAUGGUGAAUCCACAUCGGCGCCUGGGACGGUGGCUACAGUGGCGACUGCAUGCUGGUCCUUCCACUAUGGCAAGCGGUUGCUAGAGACCCUCUUUGUUCAUCGUUUCUCUCAUGGCACUAUGCCACUACGCAACUUGUUUAGGAACUGCUCUUACUACUGGCUGUUCACCCUGUAUGUGGCAUACCACAUCAACCACCCUCUAUACACCGCUCCCUGCAACACCUGCUAUUACAUCGGACUUGUUGGAUUUAUUUUCUGUGAGCUGGGUAACCUGAGCAUCCACUUGCUUUUGAAGAAUUUGAGACCUCCCGGUACUAAAGUGAGGCGCAUCCCUGUUCCCGAUGGCAACCCCUUCUCUCUUCUCUUCAACUAUGUCUCUUGUCCUAACUACACCUACGAGUUUGGAUCAUGGCUGUUCUUUACUGUCAUGACUAAAUCUGGUCUGUUCGCUGCCGCCGGCUUCUAUCAAAUGGCAGUGUGGGCCAUCGGGAAACACCGCAACUACAAGAAGGAAUUCGCUGACUACCCCAAGGGACGUAGAGCUAUCUUGCCUUUUAUUCUAUAA